CUAAACCGUCAUUAAAGUCACGUUAUUUUGCUUUUGUAUAGUGUAUACUCAUCUUUUUCCUUUUUCCUUUUGUCUCUGAUCAUCUCCCUCUUUAAUUAUCCUUCACUAUCCCAGUUGUCCAACUGAUAAUAUAAUUCCUGUGUUAUACACGGAACUUAUCAUAUUAUAUAUUCAUACUCCUCCAAUUCAUCCCCAUUUCCCUCUCUCUUAAUUCUUCCUUUUUUUUGUCAAAUAUUAUUAUGCUUGUUAGUUGUUAUAUCUUAAACAAAUAAAGAAUAACAACAAUGGCGUUUAAUAAAUCAAGAUCUGUAAGAUUUCAUGAUGAAGUUGAGUCAGCAGCAAAAACAACACCAGCAAAUAAAACUAACAAAACUAACUUGUUAGUAAUAAAGCAAAAGUACACCAUAGAUGGAAUAAAGAUACCUACAGCAUCUUCUUCGUCUUCGUCUUCAUCUUCAUCUUCAUCAUCUUCAUUACCACUGCCAUUGUCGACAACGUCCUUAAAAACCAGAGUUUUAUCGAGAGUAUUCUCGGAGGACUACGAGAGAGUAAGGAAAAAGAUAUACGAUCCAAGAGGGAAGACGAUAAACAGAUGGAACAAAGUGUUUUUAAUAGCAUGUUUAGUUUCGUUGUUCGUCGACCCACUCUUCUUCUUCUUGCCUGCAGUAAAAGAAGAGAUUAUGUGCAUAGAUAUUGAGUUAAACUUGGAGAUUGCAUUAACUGUAAUAAGAACAAUGGCUGAUGUUUUUUAUAUGGUUCAGAUUUAUUUUAAGUUUCGCACUGCUUAUGUUGCGCCAUCUUCACGUGUUUUUGGACGUGGUGAGCUUGUAGUUGAUACCAAUAAGAUUGCUCUUGGUUACUUGAAGAACUGUUUCUUCAUUGACCUCAUUUCUGCUCUCCCUCUUCCUCAGGUGUUGAUAUGGGGAGUGAUUCCGAAUUUACGUGGAUCAAUGAUGAUGAACACCAAAAACGUGUUGCGGUUCAUCCUAAUUUUCCAAUACCUUCCGAGGCUGUUCUUAAUAUUUCCUCUAUCAUCUCAAAUUGUGAAUGCCACUGGUGUGGUUACUGAGACUGCUUGGGCUGGUGCUGCUUACAAUCUCAUGCUCUUCAUAAUGGCAAGCCAUGUAGUAGGAGCUUGCUGGUACCUUCUAUCAAUCGAACGACAAGAGGCCUGUUGGAAGUAUGCCUGCAGCCUUGAGAGUCCAACAUGUCAAUACAGAUUCUUUGAUUGCAGAAGAGUUACUGAUGCAGGCAGAGAGAGCUGGUUUAAAAUGAGCAACAUUACAAAACUAUGUGAUCCUGAUAAAAGUAAUUAUCCUUUUGGCAUUUAUGGUGAGGCCAUAACUUCUAGUGUUACCUCGUCACCUUUUCUCAACAAGUACUUCUACUGCCUUUGGUGGGGUCUUAAAAACUUGAGUUCUCUUGGGCAGGAUCUUUCAACAAGCACCUCUGUUGGCGAAAUACUUUUCGCAAUCGUCGUUGCAACCCUUGGAUUGGUCUUGUUUGCACUUCUUAUUGGCAACAUGCAGACAUACCUGCAAUCGACAACUGUUCGAUUGGAAGAGUGGAGGAUCAGAAGAACUGAUACAGAGCAAUGGAUGCAUCACAGGCAGUUGCCUCCUGAGCUGAAACAGUCUGUUAGGAGAUAUGAUCAGUACAAAUGGGUGGCUACAAGAGGAGUCGAUGAAGAAGCUCUUCUCAAUGGCCUUCCCAUGGAUUUACGCAGGGAUAUUAAACGUCAUCUUUGCCUUGAUUUAGUCCGUCGAGUGCCUCUAUUUGACCAAAUGGAAGAGAGGAUGCUGGAUGCGAUAUGCGAGAGGCUGAAGCCUGCAUUAUGGACGGAAGGGACGUUCCUUGUAAGGGAAGGAGACCCAGUGAAUGAGAUGAUCUUCAUAAUUCGAGGCCACCUAGAUUCAUUCACAACAAAUGGAGGUAGAACAGGGUUUUUCAACUCAUGCAGAAUUGGGCCUGGUGACUUCUGCGGUGAGGAGCUUCUAACAUGGGCAUUAGACCCGCGCCCUAGUGUCAUCCUUCCAUCAUCCACUCGAACUGUCAAGGCCAUUUCAGAGGUUGAAGCCUUCGCUCUGAAAGCCGAUGACUUGAAGUUUGUAGCUGCACAGUUCAGGAAGCUGCACAGUAAACAACUCAGGCAUAAAUUUAGAUUCUAUUCUCAUCAUUGGAGACUAUGGGCUGCGUGUUUCAUCCAGGCAGCAUGGCGUAGGCAAAAGAGACGCCGCAAUAGUUUAACUGACAUCAGAGUUCAGGAGGACUUGCUGAUUUCUGAACAUGAUCAUGAUCAAGAGGAACUCAGAAGUGAAGAUAGUAAUGAAGGCAAUAUGUCACACUUAGUGAAUUCAGGAUUUUCUUCGUAUGCGAAGCGACUGGCUGCAAGUAAAAGGAAGGCUAAGAAUAAACACUUGCGUUCAAAUUCCGGUAUUGCUUCAUUGCAGAAGCCAGCUGAACCUGAUUUCUCUGUCGAUGAGGAUUGAUAAUAUCUAUAUACAGCUGUGUACAUUUUUGCUUGAUUCUCAUCAACAAUUUUUUUUACUAAUACAAAGCCUAAUUGAAUAGAUAUGAAAGUUGAGAUAACGAUUGAAUAAUUAUAACUUAUAAGCAACAUAAUCCUAUGAUCCUAAAUAAAGGUCCUUUUUUCCGCAACUUUUACAUUUACUAAGAAGUUGGUUAAAUUGGUCCUGUAAAGUG